AUGUGGGGAGUGAAAACUAAAAUAGAUACUCUCCUCGAAGAUCCAAAAGUAACUGUUGAAGAGCUGUUGAAAUGUGAUGAUAUUCAAGGACUUUAUAGAAUGAACUCUCCAAAGCUUGUUAGCUUUUUAACACAGCCAAAUACAAUCAAAGAGAUGUUCAACAUAUUAAAAAAGUCAAACAACUUCCAGUUCGUAAGGAAAAUCCUCGGAUUACACAUUUCUCCUAAUACAACUAUAAUUCAUACAAUUAUUGAAUCAGGAAAUCUUGUUGACUCUCUGCUAUCGGUAUUAGCGUGUGAAAAUGAGAUCCAUAGAUAUGUUACAGGCGCUGUUGCUAGUAUUGUAUUAAAAAUGUUUGAAAAUUGGCCAAGAGAUACUUAUAACAUUUUAUCAAGCACAUCAAACAAUUAUAACAGAUUAAUAAAGGCAUCACAUAUUCCAGGAAUCUUCCACUUACUAAAUAGGUUCGUUACAGACAGCGAAACCCAAAAUUCAGGGAAAAUCUUUGUAUGGAUUUUAUAUUUAUCUUUGAUGGAUGAGCACGGACCAGGAUGCAAAGUUCCUAAUACUGUUGUCAGUAGUCCUUGUUACAACAAAAAACCUUUACGACUUCAACCAAUUCACCGCAGCAAAUGCUUAGAAUUACUUUGCGCCUACUUUAAUGAAUUUAUCGAUGACUCUACAGAUAUUUUCAAUGCAGUUAAUACUGGUUUACCCUUACUUUUACAAGAUUCGUCUGAUGACCACGAAAGAGCGAUGGUUUUCAAGCUUGGCCUCACUCUUAAUCCAAAUCAAGUUCUUGGCCUUGCCGCCGUAUCAAUUGUGAACUGUUUUAAGUCAUCUGAUAUUUUAUUACAGUAUUCUUUAUUAUAUAUCACUGCUUUUGAAGUCAAUAUAGGAUAUAAAUCAAUAGAACUGUUCUUAUAUCGUCUUUUAUCCUCAAAAAGUUAUAAUAAUUUUGUUAUGAUCGCAGCAUCUAAGAUGUUGGCUUCAAUUAUAGCGGAAAGCCAUGACAGAAUAUUAAUAGAAAACGUUAAACAGAUUGUUGGCCACUGUUUCCAAAAAGAAAGUUCAUUAGCUAUGAAAUCUUUCAGAUCUUCCCUUUUAAUUGCAACAAAAGGUGAAGAAAUAGAUACAGAGUCCGAGACAUCAGGAGAUAGAGUGGAUGAAUCAGCUUUUAUGUUCGAUAGAAUCAAAAUUGAUCAAUCUUUUAUUUCAUCUCUCCAAAGUAAAGCGAAUGUCAUCGACCAAAACAAGUCAUUUGUACCACAGUUCUCGGUUCGAGAGCUCUGGCGUGGUGAUGACAUACCAAAAAUGGAAAAAUUAUUUAGAACUUUGGAAAAGAUCGAUUACACAUCAAAGAAAGCCCAACAGAAGCCACAAAGUCAACAACAAAAGCCAAAGGAACAACCCAAAGAGCAGCCACCACAAAGAAAACCCGCAUUAAGACAAAUUCAAUCUGAUGACGAAGAAUUCGCUUUGGAAGAGAUAGAAGUAACAGAUCCAGCACCACCACAAACACAGAUAUCAUUCCCGCCAUCUCCUGGCCGACCAUUUGUCGAAAUUUCUUCUGGAAGUGGUCCUCUCACUGUUCAAGAGUCAACAAAGGAACCACGACCUCUUGUAGAAGUUCCUAAAGACUUCAAGCCUAUUCCUAAGGUCUUGCAUCUCAAUCCUGCCUCUCCAAGAGUCGCAUUACGAAGAAAUGCUGAUCCAUUUGCGGAAAAAGUCAGUCCAAGAAGCAAUGGAAGCAAGAAACAUGAAACACCAAAUCGUAAAAGGCCAUCACCACUAAAAAGAGAUGCAAUUUCCAGUGAUUCAGACUCAGAUUCCGAAGAUUCUUCGUCAGAUGACUACGAAUACGAAUAUGUCGAGAUAGAUGAAGACGAACAAGACGAGAUAAUGGGCAAAGCAAAGAAGAAUGAAGCUCCUAAAAAAGAUGAGCCUCAGAACAUCCAAAAAGUCAGAGAAAUGAUAUACAACCAAUUAUCAAAAUCUUCUUCAGAAAAUUCAAAGGAUGUAAACAAAAGUGAAAAAUCUUCAAAAAGUGACAAAACAAAGAAUAGUGAAUCCAAGCGAAAUAGCCCUAAAAAGAGCAGCAAAGGUAAAUAUAACAUUGAGAAAGUUGUUGAUGACAUGUUUAUUGAACCAACAAUGAAGAAACCGACAUUAAAUAGAAGAGUAUUAGUUGUUGAAGUGCCGGAGAGAGUCGUCAAGCUCAAGGUUUGUCUCCUUGACUGUUUCGACGAUCUGUCAAGCGUAAUGGCUCCUUCAGAAGAUAAAACACCAAAAACUUUAGAUCCUGAACCAGUUUCUACGAAACGUCGUACGCAUAGGCAUAACUCAGUGGUUAGAACUUUGCCUGGCGAUGAAAUUAAAGAAGAAAAGAAGAGAUCGCACAAGCAUAAGUCUCCACAAUAA